GGCUGUUCAAGUGAGUGGUGAUCUGUGCCUCGCUAUUACAAGUUUCUGCUUCAUCGCAAAUCACUAAUUCAUAUUAGAAACGCGCUGAUCACUCACUUUGCAACUAAUAAGGCGCGCCGCAGUUAUGUGGCGCAUUUCACGCGUGGCGCUGCAGGCGAAUCGGGCCGGGCUCUACAUGCCUUACGCCCCCGUUGCUACAAACCCCGUGGUGUACCUCGAUAUUACGGUGGAGGGUGAUGCUCUAGGGCGUGUGUCUGUGGAACUCUUUCGCGACGUUGUCCCCAAGACGAGUGAAAACUUUCGCUCACUCUGCACGGGAGAGCGCGGACACGCUCAAUGCCCGCUGUACUUCAAGGGCAUCCCGUUUCAUCGGAUCAUUCCUGGCUUUGUAGUGCAGGGCGGCGACAUUCUCACCAAGGAUGGCCGCAGCAACGUUAGCGUGUUUGGAUAUCCGUUUCCUGACGAGUCGUUUGAUGGGAAAGCGGGCAAGCAUCUGUCUGGUACGGUCGGUAUGGCGAAUAGCGGACCGAACCGGAAUGGAUCGCAGUUCUUCUUCAACUUGGGGCGCAACGAGCAGCUAGACCGAAAGUUCGUUGUGGUGGGCCAAGUGCUAGAGGGCUGGGAGAUUGUAAAUCAAAUCGCGCAAGUUUGCGGUUCCCGCUGCGGGACUCCCGUCAGCCGCGCGUGGGUCUCCGAUUGCGGACAGAGCGGCGGCUACAUGGCGGAGGAGACAGAGGAGGCCCUGCGCGGUGAACGCAGCAUGCACGCCUUGCCGGGCAAGGAGGUGCUUGAUCUGAUCCAACCGCGAUACUGA